UAGUCAAAGUAACAUUACUCCGCCGCACACACCAGAGACCUCAACCAAACUUGAACAAACCUAAAAAAAUUAAAACAUACUGAGAAAUGGCUUACCGGGCUUCAUUUUCAGAAGAAGAUCUGCACUGCCCUGUGUGCUUUGAGCUCUUCACCAACCCUGUGGUUCUGGAAUGCAGCCAUAGCUUCUGCAAGACAUGCAUUGACAGCUGCUGGAAUGGUCAGUUCAAAAGAAUAUGCCCUGUUUGUAGGACGCCAUGUCUUAGUGAAAGGCCUCCAGCCAGUUUGGUUCUGAGGAACAUAGUGGAGAGUUUUCGAGUCGGGCAACGGCCCAGUUUAGAAAGGACAGAACAAUCCAGGGAAGAGAGUCAAGAAAGGGAAUCAACACAGAGUCCAGAGGAGCGCUGUACUGUGCAUAGAAAGAGAUUCUUCUUCUUCUGCGAGGAUGACCAGGAGGCUUUGUGUAUGGUUUGUCAGCGAUCUAAGAGGCACAAGGACCAUCAAAUUAUUCCACUGGAGGAAGCUGCCCAAGAACUUAAGAAAAAGGUGAGGCUCUCAUUAAGGCCACUUAAGGAGGAUCUAGUGACCUUCCAGACACAAAAGGAAGAGUGUCUUAGGACAACACGGCUCAUCAAGGAACAAACCAAACUCACUAGGAGAUUGAUCAAAAAGGAUUUUGAGCAGUUGCAUCACUUCCUGCGGCUGGAGGAAGCGGCACGCAUCUCAAUGCUGGAAGAUGAAGCAGAGAUGAAAAGUGAAAUCAUACAGGAGAAAUUAGAGGAUCUCAGCAAUAAAAUAGUCAGCUUCUCGCACACCAUCCAAAACAAAGAGACAGAUCUAGAAAGAGAAGAUAUCCAGUUCCUACAGGCUUAUAAAAGCUACACUGACAGUGUUCCUUACAAUCCUCAAGACUCCAAUGUGUUAGUGGCAGAUUCUCUUAUAGAUGUCGCUAAACACCUGGGAAACCUGAAGUUUAAAGUGUGGGAGAAGAUGUUGGGACAAGUGCAGUACAGUCCCAUAAUAAUGGAUCCAAACACUGCAGCUAAAUGGCUAAAACUGUCUGAGGACUUGACCAGCGUGCAUUACGGAGAGUUGCAGUCAGACAUCCCAGAUAACCCAGAGCGCUUUGACCUCUGUGUUUGCGUUCUGGGUAACGAAACUCUCGGCGCAGGAGUGUACUGCUGGGAGGUGGAGGUGGGGAAUAAGACUAAAUGGGACUUGGGUGUUGUGAUGGAGUCUGUGAGCCAUCAGGGCAUUCUGAACGUCAACUCCGAAUGUGGAUUUUGGGCUCUGGCUUUAAGAGAGGGUGGCCAAUACAGUGCCAGUACAAAACCCUGGACUACACUCUACGUGAAAAGAAAACCACAUAGGAUCCGUGUCUGCUUGAACAACAAUAAUAAGGAAAUCUCCUUUUACGACCCACUUGACAUGACGCAUAUCUACACCUUCUCACGUCUGCCCACCAAAAAGCUCAUUCCUUUCUUCUCUCCAUGUGUGAGUGACCAGGGCAGGAAUACUGAGCCGUUGAGAGUUGUGCCAUUGAAGGUGGCAGUAACCAUCACUUCAGAACUGGCUGAUUGAACAUACCCACAUUCUCAAGAUAAAAAAAUAAAAAAAUACAAAAGUUGUUACUGGAGUGGUACUUUUUCAAAAGAAACAUCUUUGUACAUACUUGGUAACUGACCAAACCGUGAUGUAGGUGCAAACGCUCUAUAUGGAGCAUCUCCUCGUGAUAGCUGAUGCCGCCUGCUGGGUAGGUGAGUGGGUGGGUGAGGAGAGGCAUCCUAAGUUGUAACUAACAUUAUUACUCAAAAUAGACCAUACUCCUAUACACUUUACAUUAUACAUGUCACAUACAACAAAGUACCAAAAUGACCAUGGCUUUAAUAUAGUGUUUUGGACAUGAACCAGGCUACCAGCAUAAAUAUGGAGCAUCUUUUCAUGAGCCUAUUCAUAGUUUCCAGUCAUGUUACUGGCUCGAAGACCUGGUGGGUAAAACACCUAUAACUACAGCAGAAGUCUAUUUUCCAUCUGUUUCAAAUCCACAGAUAUUUAGAUCAUAAAAUAAAGAUAUGUGAACAAAAUGCUAGUUUUGGCCAUUUGCAAUACAUUUAAAACAGCAUGACAUUCUUAAACGAUUAAUGUGAAAACACUUAAAGUGCCUUUAAAACAGUGAUAUUAAAAGAUCAUGUUCAGUAGUGCUUUAUACAGGCAAGCAGAUGAGUUCAGAAUAUGAACACAAUAUGCUAAAUGGUUGUGUUUUGUUUAUAACUGUUUGGUAUGGGAAAAUAUUUGCACAUUGCGUUUAUAUUCUGGGUUCAUCUGCUUGGCUGUUCAAAGUAUGUAUCAUCAAUAAAGUGUAUACUGAAUUUGGCCUUUAAAUAUCACUGUCUUACUACAUUACUACUUAAUGCAAACCGCAUAAAAAUAACUGGUGGUCAGCAGAGGAAAGCCUCGUUUUGCCCUCCAUGUGGGGGUUCCUGUAAAGGUGUAAUG